GUCCUGUUUCUACGUUGAUUUUCAGCUCCUCGACCACAUUGGGAGCGGAGCGUACGGAAGGGCUAUGAAAGCCCGACGGCGCUCUGACGGCCACCUGGUUGUCGUCAAGGAGGUGCUGAUUGGGAGGAUGAGCCAGAAGGAGAGGCUGGAAUGCAAGAACGAGGUGAAGGUGCUGGCGCACCUAAACCACCCGAACGUCGUCAAGUACUACGACUGUUACUCGGACAGCGGGAAGAUGCACAUCGUCAUGGAAUUCUGCGAGGCCAUUCUGCAUCGCGACCUGAAGACGCAGAACAUCUUCCUCACGUCAAAGGGCAUAGUGAAGCUCGGCGACUUCGGCAUUUCCAAGAUUCUUGGCGCGGAGUUCGCCAUGGCUCGAUCCAUGGUCGGCACGCCGUACUACCUCUCGCCUGAAAUUUGCGAG